AUUCCCAUACCGAGUGUGCCUGCGCUCCAGCCGUCCACCCCCAUCCCUGAGCGCCUGGAAGCCAUACAACGCUACAUCAAGGAGCUUCAGUACAAUCAUACUGGGACGCAGUUCUUUGAAAUUAAGAAGAGCAGACCUCUGACUGGGCUAAUGGACCUGGCCAAAGAAAUGACCAAAGAGGCCCUGCCAAUCAAAUGCCUGGAAGCUGUGAUCCUGGGAAUUUACCUCACCAACAACAUGCCCACACUGGAGCGUUUCCCCAUCAGCUUCAAAACUCACUUCUCAGGGAACUACUUCCGCCACAUUGUGCUGGGAGUGAACUUUGGGGGCCGCUAUGGGGCACUGGGCAUCAGCCGUCGAGAGGAGCUCAUGUACAAGGCGCCCACCUUCCGCACACUGAGCGAGCUGAUCUUCAACUACGAGGAGGCAUACCACCGCUGUUGGCACGUCCUCAAAAAGGUGAAGCUGGGCCAUUGUGUGUCCCAUGACCCACACAGUGUGGAGCAGAUUGAGUGGAAGCACUCCAUUUUGGACGUGGAAAAGCUGGGCCGUGAGGACUUCCGCAAGGAGCUCGAGAGACAUGCCCGGGACAUGAGGCUAAAGAUCGGCAAAGGAACAGGGCCACCAUCUCCCACGAAGGAUAGGAAGAAAGAUGUGUCCUCCCCACAGCGGGUCCAGUCCAGUCCGCACCGCCGCAACAGCCGUGGGGAGAGGCGGCUGUCUGGUGAGAAGAAGCCUGCCGAAUCCAAAGCCAUGCCAGACCUCAAUGGUUAUCAAAUCCGGGUGUGAGGAGAGGCACACCUUGUGUGCCUGGCUCCAUUGGCUCCUUGCUGGCCACACUUGAAACGAGGAUCCACCUGUAGCAAGCUCAACAUGGGGAAGGGGAAGUGGGAGUGGAGGACUGGUCUUCCAAGGUACUUCUAUCAGGCCUAUUCCUGAGCUGUAUCCUGGGGGUCAGACGAGUCACCUGCCUGUCUUGGGAAGAGCACUUUUUAAUUCAACAAAACAAGUUUUUAAGAGAACAGAUCUGCCGGUUGAUGGGAAGGUGCUGCAGGGUGCUUGGGAAGACUCCUGCUGUGACAUGGUGAGGGGUGGAGCGAGUGAGGCCAAGCAGAGCUCAGGCUUUGCAUGGAAUCCUUUGGACUGACAGACAACAGGUGGGGCAUUUUAUCCACAGUGCCUCUUCCUCUUCUAUGCUGAAGGUCUCAAGCCAGCACAAAGCCCCUGGGCUUGAAGGAGGGAAAGGUAUUGGAAUGGAAAGGCCCCUGUCUCUGGUAAAGGAAGGAUUUCUGGUUUUGUAACUUCUGUGUAUUUUGCUACUGCCACUCUUGUUGGGGAGGGAGUGAAAUGCACGAUCACCUUCCCCAUCCCCUGUGCCUGCAGGGAAGAGGAAUAAGCCCUGGAAUAAUUAAUACUUGCAUCACUAAUGAAAAUGCAACCUGUCAGUGGUGUUGAGGGCCUCAUAUGCAGUGAAUCCACCACUCUAACAUUCUGUCUGGGUCUGCAGUGUAUCCCCCUAUGGAUCAUUGACUCCAUGGGGGAUGAGUGUGCCUCUCCUUUCCUGUGAGGUGCUGUGGAUACUUUCCUGAACAGCCUGCCAUGAAGGGAAUGCCCAUACCGUUGUAAUGUGGAAACAGGCUGCUGGACAGCUCUAUCUGUGGGGAUGGGUGCUUAACCAGUAGGAUGGUUGGAAAAUGUGUCUCCCCACUCACUUCUCAGUGACACCUUGCACUUCUCCCUUACAGAGUCUGGCUUCAUCUCACCCUGUGAGGAAGGGCUACUUUUCCUGGAUGCUCAGAGCCACAGUGGAAUUUUGGGAACCAACCUUAAAACAGAAGGGUACAGGCUCCAGUGCAGUGCUCUGCUCAAGGGGCCAAUGUGCUGGUGAAUCCUUAAGCAAAAUAAGAUGGUGUUUUGUGGUCAUGUUGCCGUGUUCACCCCCAUCCCUUGUCUACAUCCACAGCUGGCCAGUGCCUGCUGGAGUGCCUCUAAAAGUGAGGCAUACUACCUCUAGGAACACAUAGGGCACUGCCACAGCAAAUCCCAUGUUGUGCCCCCUGAGGAUGCUUUCAGGAAACAUGCUAUUGGGGGUAGGGUGGGGAAAUGUUUCUCAGAUUGAAAUCAGGUGGGGUGCUGUACUGUUGCUGUAGGGUAAUAGCUCCCAACCCUUUCAUGCACUGGUCUACCACUCCAUGCUCCCUCUUUCCCUUCAUCUGUGGAGGUUUUGGCGCAACCCAUGCUCAGGCUCGGCAAGAGGGGCAGAAAUAAAUGAGAUUUGCUGCCACAUCGAGUCCAAGCCAGAGGCUCAUGCCCAAGUUAAACUUAGGGUACCAGCCCAGUCAAGAUUGAAAUGUCUAUGGUGAAUCACUGUUCCAGGGUAUCCCAUUUCUCCUAACUGUUCAGUCUGGCCCAUUUUGAUUGCAGUGGUCGGUCUGUCCUAGGAGCAGGGAGCAUAGCUUUGUGCCUAUCCUGCUCCUGUUUGUUCUGACAGUGUACUUAACAACACUAAUUAUGUUAAUGAUUACCAUUCUCUAGCAAGAGGGGCUGGCCCUUCCACCUGACUAAAGCCUUGGCAGCUCACAAAUUUCCAUUCAAAGGAGAGGCACAGCUAAGCAGUCCACAUGCUGCAUGUCAGAACUGAGGAGUAUUGGCAGAUAUGCAUGUGUGGCCUAAAACUUGGCUGGGGUGCUGUAGCUCAUGGCAGAAUUGAUUCAGAGAGGGAGGUGGGAAGCAAGGGGUGAGUGGGUCAAGCCUGAGGCAUGUUGACAUAGAUAGGGGAUGGCAAAAUGUUUAACAUUCGGUCCUGUUACACUAUAAAAAGUGUCUAAACAUUUAUGAAAUCUGGCGCUGUAUCCAAAUCAUGUUAAACAUUCUGUAUUCUUUCUUACCUGAGUGCAUGUUGGAAGCAUGAUUCAGACUAUAACUAUGGUGGAUAACUGGGCUUUCUGGCAUAACAUGGGAGGGACACAGAUAUUUUGGUAGUGUCGAAUGGGGCCUUAUAUCAAGUAAUAUCUUCUGUCAAUUGAAGCAGUAUUAACCCUUAAAGCCCUGCUCCAGAGGGCUCUAACUGACCCCUUACAGGUGCCUAAUCAUAAUCUUUCACCACCAAUUAGUUAUUCUGUGCUUAUCACUGCAGUUUGUCAGUCCAGGCUCCUUUUUAACUAUCUGUCCUUUCUGCAGCAUGUUGUGUGACAGGAAGAAAGAUUGAAUAGGGAGGUAGCAUAAAUUGCUGCUUACCCAAAAUGAUGUGGGUAAUCCUGAAGAAUUUAACAAAAGUAACAGGUGCCAGUCUCCCGAACAUAAAUAAUGAAAAUAGUGAUUGGAGUAGGAGAACUGGAAUUGGAGUCUCCUACCUCACUGCCCUAACCACUGGAUUACUGAGUCAUUCCCUCUCUCACUCUGCCCCAUGACUGUUUUAACUAUUUAGUCACAGUGGAACAGCUUCAAGAGAGGAGAGUGAGGGAGCUACAUCAGAAUAUCCCCUCGUGCAGUGAUUAGAGCAGUUCCUUGAGAAGGGGAGACCCUGUUCAAAUCACCCUCCCGGGGAGGAGGUGGAAUUGAACCUAGGUCUCCCACGUCCCAGGUGAGUGCUCUAAUCACAGGGCAGCUCCAGCUCUUGCCAUUUUGCGUGGCGCACAGGCGGUGCUUAAAUCAUUUCCUAAGGAAAUGCCUUGGGGGCCUAAGCUGUCUGACUCCAGGCGGCCGGUUCCCAUUUGUGGAUCACUAAGCAGAGCUAGGUACUCAUCCUUGAGAGAGAUGAGGCUAAUCACACACCUCUAGCUUAAGUGGCUCUCAGCCUAGCAUAUUGGCUCUUGUGGAUUUCAUUCUGGGGCCCCUAUUUCUCCCCAUUCAUUGAAUAGGAGCCUUGGUGCCUAACUUGGCUUUGUGUAUCACAGUGGUAUGCCUGUGAUUUUUUUUUUUUUUUUCUAGGUGCCUAAAAGUUAGGCACUGUGACACUCAGAGUAGGAAGUCCCUUCAUGGAUCUCACCCUUGAUUCUCUAUAGAUGGAUAGGAGAAGAAUGAGAGAAUUGUGCAAUUGAGGAGAGUCAGCUGCAUGCUAAUGGUUCUUUUGCAGAAGAAGGGCAAGCUCAGUGACACUAAAAGAUCAUCAGUAUAGACUGGAUGAAACAAAAUGCUUUGUGCCACCCUGUAAUUCAAGCUGUGUGGCUUGUUCAUGCAGAAUGUAACUGAGGCCAGUAGUAUAGAAAAUUAAGUAUACAUUUUAAAAAAUGAGUGGCAGGUAGAUAUUUGUGAAGGUCUCUUACUCCUCAUCCUUCAGUGCAUUCAGCAGCUGGUGCCAGACAUGAAUAUCCUCUUUCAUGGUGUAGCUGCAUGAUUAAAUGCAUUAGGAGGGUUUACAUUCGUCUGAAGCAUCUGUUGCUGACCACUUUUCAAGACUGAUAAAAGAGUAGAUGUUGCAUUGAUUUUAAAUAUGCAGAUCCACAAAAGCUGGAAUCAUACUGCAGAUCAUAGAUGAUCACAGCAGGAGUCAAGCUCCUCCCUUGGAAAAGGGUGAAUGAACUCAUCAGAUUGUGGCUGUAUCUUUCAUAAGCCCGUUCAGGGGAGUAACCCUAGUUGAGGACUACCUGAAACCUCUUGCAUUAGUCUUCUGGUGCUGCCUGCAUGCUGGAUUUGAAACCACCACUUCUUAGUGCUUCUGUAUCUCUACUCUGGGGCAGUGCUGGGAGAUUGGAAAUUACCUGAUCAUUUUUUUUCCCCUCCACUUUUUUGCUCUUGCUCUUUCUCUCUUCACUCUGUAAUGGUGAAUAUAGCAAGAUGGGAG